GAAAGAGAAGAAGGGAAACCAUUGGUAUUUUAAGGAUGUCAAAUGAGUACGGUAUUUUAAACUGUAAAACAGAAAACUUAAUAAAAUUAUAUACAAGAAAAUAAAGGAAUCCAACGGAUGUGACCCAAGUCCACACCAGAGGAACCGAGUUGAGGCAGUUCAUCCGUGUAGAAAACACGCAGAGGCGUCUAAACUCCAUUCGGACGUUGGGCGCGGAAGCGAGCCCCACAGCAUUCGAUUUCAUAUUUAUUUAUUGAACUUAUAUACCUCCCUAUACCCCGGAAGUCUCAGGGCGGUUCACGGAGGCAGGGAGCACUUGGGGGUUGCAGACUGAGUUACACAGAGGCUUUUUUUUUUUUUUGAGCACCGGGUGGGCUCUGAGGAACUGGAGGGGGCGGGAAAGGGACGCGCGCCUCAUGGGCCGCGGAGAAGCCAACUUGGCCAGGGCCGCCGCCGGCGGCGGUUCUUCUGGGUCGAUGCUGAGCGGCGAGGGGCCGCCCGGUGGGCCGCUUCUCUCCCUGCCCGCCCGGGCGAAGGGAGGCUAGAGCGCCGGGCGGGCGGCCCCGCCCCUGGGCGAACCACAGCCCGCGGGGCUCCGCUGUCGAAGGGCUGCCGUUGCCGCCGCCGCGAUGGCCGGCGCGACGGCCGGCGCGAGAAUUAGCGGCGCGCUGCUGCCCGAGCCGAGGCUGGAGGGAGCUGGCGACGAACAGCUCAGCAAUGAGGACAAGCUUUCGGUGUGCAGCAAAUUGUGCUAUGGCAUUGGAGGUGCUCCAAACCAGGCUGCUAGCAGUGCCACCUCUUUCUUUCUGCAAAUCUUUCUCUUAGAUAUAGCAAUGAUUACUCCAUUUCAUACUUCUUUGGUGCUUUUUAUUGGCAAAACAUGGGGGGCAGCAGCAGACCCUGUUGCCGGCUAUCUUAUUAGUAAAAGCAAACGGACCAAAAUUGGCCUACUUAUGCCUUGGUUACUGGGUACUACACCUUUCCUUAUUGUGUCCUACUUCUUCCUGUGGUACUGCCCAAGCGUUAUAGAAGCAAAAGAUGUAUGGUAUAUGGCUUUCUUCUGCCUUUUCCAGGCAUUGAGUACACUAUUCCAUGUACCAUAUACAGCUCUCGUCAUGUUUUUGAGCGCAGACCAGAAGGAACGAGAUUCAGCAACGGCAUACCGAAUGGGAUUUGAAGGUCUUGGAACAUUGGUUGGAGCUACACUCCAGGUCAGUAUGGUCUCCGAUGCUCACAGCUCUGACCACUGUAACGAUAGUGUGGAUAACAUGGACUCUCCCACCAAUCUGUACGGAAACAGUUCCAGUGUUCCAGACAUGUCUGAGGCAAACAAAAAACUCUACAUGAUUGCAGGAGGAACAAUAUCAGUAUUAUACAUCAUUGGCAUUAUUGCCCUUUGCGCUGGAGUGAGAGAAAAAGUAGAUCCUUAUGCCUUAAAAUCAGACCAACAAAUUCCCUUCCUUAAGGGACACAAACUUGCACUGAUGUUUGGACCAUAUGUGAAACUUGCAGCAUCAUUUCUCCUGAUUUCAACAGCUGUUCAGGUUGUACAAAACAACUUUGUCCUCUUUUGUUCUGCUGCAACUAAUCUUCACAACCACAUUGAUUAUUUAGUGCUGAUUGUCUUGAUAUCUGCAGCACUGAGCGUUCCAUGCUGGCAAUGGUUUCUGAACAAGUACAGCAAAAAGACUACAGCGGGUGGGAUAUCAUUGAUGAUUCCUGCUUCCACCUUGCUGGUGUUCUUUCCAGAACCGGCUGUUGCCUACCUUUCGGCUGGUGCUUCAGGAAUUAGCAUUGCAGCCUCUUUGCUGUUGCCAUGGUCCAUGUUGCCUGAUGUAGUCGACUACUUUCGGGUGCAAAAUCCUAAUUCAGUAGGACAUGAAACCAUCUUUUAUGCUUCAUAUACCUUUUUUCAUAAGAUGUCAGCUGGGAUUGGACUAGGAAUUUCUGCAGCUAGUCUGAAUCUUGCAGGCUUCAAAUCAGGGGUGUGCAAACAGUCUCACAGUGUUGUUAUCAUGCUGAAAGUCUUGGUUGGAGCAGUCCCAUCUAUUCUCGUGCCAUUAGGCUUGUUUAUACUCAUUUUCUAUCCAAUCAAUGAAGAAACUCGACAGGAAACGAAACAUGCCCUUGAAAGACGAAGGCGUCGUGCAAGCAUUCUCUGUGAGAAUGAAGAAAUCACUCCUCUUUGAAGGCCGGAAUAGCUUGUGGUAACGAAAACCUAACCAGGCAGCAGCGCUUUGUGGGAUAAAAGGCUGUUCCUUAUUCCACCGAAGCUUUAUUUCACGGAUGAUACACACAUCUAUUUAUCAAGGCUAAAUGAAUUCAAAACACAUUGUAACUUGGAGCAUAGUUUGGAGAGGAAUGCCUAGAACCUGUAUGUAUAGAACACUGGGGAAACUGCUUGCUGCUCUUUCCACUGAUCUACAGCUAUACUGAGGAUUGGAAAACAAGUUGCCUUCUAAGCAUCGCCCGACGGUCUGUCUCCAAGGAUGGGUAGUCCUCAAAAUUUCAACUAAGAGGUCACGUUAUCCAUGCCUACGCAGACUCUCUGUUCAUCAAACAAUCCCCUUUCACAAUUUGUUAUAAAUAACCGAUUAGAGCAAAAAUAAAAAUGGGGGGAUCUUCUUUUCUUCAUCAACC